AUGCAUACAGACAAUCACAGACCGAAAGGACUGGCAGGCGCUGAGCCUCUCCACAAUCCAAGCCUUUGCAGGCAGACUUUCAACGAGAAGCGUCGGAUCACCAUCGGCGGGUCCGACAGGUCUUUUGACGAGGACUUGACUAGCUGCUGUAGCAGUUCACUCGACAAUUCCGCGGAGACCAGCUUGACCAGGGCCAGCGUCACAGUCACACGAUCAUCCUCUCGACAGAGUGAUCAGCCUUUCUCGAACGGUUCGAUUGAGGGCUUACACGCAGAACGCAAAAGUCUAGCUUUCACAACGACGAGCGAUGAUGUCGCCGAAUAUCUUUGGAACGCAUCGAGCCAGGCGGUUACAUCGGCCACAGAUAGUAAGACGGUCUCCCAGCCACAACGUCCGAACCAUUAUUAUCCUCCCAGCAGCUGGAAGCAUUCAUUCAACGUGGAAAGUGCCCGUGUGGCGCCUCAAGCGCAUGGGACUGAGGAGAUAAGGGGUCGUUCUGCCGCACCUGGCGAGAAGCCCCAGACUGGCUGUGCAUCCAGAUCUAAUCCAAGAAGCAGCAACAACGCCAGCAAUGCAUAUUGCGAUCCAGCUGCGGUGGGUUCGACCGUCAGCGUGAACAAUGUGUCCCAGCCGAGUUUGACUCGACAAUCACCGAUGAGGGAGCCUGCGUCUUCUCCAAUUAUGUCUGCGUCAAGCCCUGUUCCUUCAGCUGUCCACCAAUCUGACGCAUUCGCGGCACAGCGAUCGUCGGCUCCAAGCUGUAUCUCCCAAGAAACUGUCUUGCCAGAGCCCGGAAUUGCAUAUGCACAUACAUACUACUUCACAACGUGCCCUCACACUUCACCUCCCUUACCUCGACCACUGAAUGUCCAGCCGGAAUUGGUACCGUACCAUGACAACCUACUCGCCUAUCCACCAUACCACCUCCGAGCAUAUCAGAAGCCAGACGCGUCUCACACGGAAGAUGUCUACGUUAUCGAGGGCCCCUGCAGCCUUUGCGACCUGCAUGCACGCCGGGAAGCCGAAUCCUUGGUUCUGGAGAAAUAUGCUGAAGAUGUACAGCGACUUUCUGAACAAUUGGCACGGUUGCAAAUGGACAUAGAGUCCACAUCUUCUUUUGUUAUACACCCAGAACCUAGAAUGAUGGAAACGGCGCCUCUAGGAUCAUCAUCCAGUCUAUCUCCCACCACACCAGAUGCCGAUCUUUCAACCGGUCAGAUUUUUGCCAUUGUCGAACUCGAAGACCAGCUGGACUCGAUCAUAGACAGGCGUGACCGUGGGGUGAAAUCCAUUUGGCGAGGGUAUUCUAGACGCUGGGGUCCAGGGACACUAGGGAUCCACCACGAUCCCAGCGAGUCAGGAGAUCGACGACGAGGACGAGGACGGAACAAGAAGAAGUAUAUAGGCAGCUCUACUAAUGGGAGCGUUACCACCAAGGACAAUUACUCUAGAUCUGCGAGCUCACACGCUUCCACCUACACCAUCAGCUUUCAUGAACUGGAGAUGUCAACGGUGACUCUUCCAGCAGCAGCAGGAGUGACCGCCGUCUCGAGUGAAGCUGUGUCUACGACAGUUUCGGAUUGUCAGCGGCAAGAGCAGAGUCCGUUCUUAAGACGGGCCAGCAUCAGCUCCAGCAACGGACAUCGAGACCGAUAUUCAGAUGGCACAAGACAAAUCGAUGUCUCUUCGUCAGUGGACGGGAUCAAGAGCGAUGGUAGGAUGGUCGUGGAUUGGAUCCGGCCUGUCCGAGCAGAUAUAAAAUGCCAGGAUCGAAGUCGGAGUCGGAGUAGAGUCGAAGUUGUAGUCUGA